AGCUCUUACUUCAUUUUCUAGCCUUCCUAUAUCCAAACCCCCCCUCUCUCUCUCUUACAAUUUUUUUUAUUUUGUUAAGAACCCAUCCCCAGCUGUUUCAUUGCUGACAAUUUUUCACCUAGGAUUCAGCAAAUUGCUGUUUUAGGAAAGGUUUCUUCCUCAUUGUCAUUUUGAUCUUGUCUUGAAAUGGGGAGGCACUCUUGCUGUUACAAGCAGAAGCUAAGGAAAGGUCUUUGGUCACCUGAAGAAGAUGAGAAGCUCUUGAGGCAUAUUACAAAGUACGGUCAUGGUUGCUGGAGUUCUGUACCUAAACAAGCUGGUCUGCAGAGGUGUGGAAAGAGUUGCAGACUAAGGUGGAUUAAUUACUUGAGGCCUGAUUUAAAGAGAGGCACAUUCUCUCAAGAAGAAGAGAAUCUCAUAAUUGAACUUCAUGCAGUUUUGGGGAAUAGGUGGUCCCAAAUCGCUGCACAAUUGCCAGGAAGAACCGACAAUGAAAUUAAGAACCUAUGGAACUCUUGCUUAAAGAAGAAGCUUAGGCAGAGAGGCAUUGACCCUGUCACCCACAAACCCCUCUCAGAGGUUGAAAAUGGUGGUGAAGACAGCAAGAGUCAACCCACAAAUAGCCUGGAUAUGGCAACUUCUGGUGCAUCUACUGAACUGAACCUCAACACCGACAAUCCUAAAGCAGGACCACCGUCGGUCACUGCACACCAUUUCCAAUUGGAAAUGGAAGGCUCCCCUUGCUCCAACAAAAUCAACAGCAGCAAUAACAGUAGCAAAGACUUGUUCAUGGACAGCCAGCCAUCUGAUUUGGUGGGGCAUUUUCCAAUUCAGCAAUUGAAUUAUGCAUCCAAUGCUAGGCUCUCCUCCACAACCUCAAACCCCACUCUCUGGUUCACCCAAACCAGUAAACCUUUCGAUAUCAAUUCUGAAUUCCCUUCAACUUCCAUGUCUGCCCUUCUCCCACCAUUGACCUCUUCUUUUCUCUCUGCUCCUAUGGGGUUCAAGCCCUCUGAUACCCCUUCAAUCCCCUCCUUCACACAUAUCAAUGGGUCCCGAUAUUGGGAAACGGCUGCCUCCGCUAAUAACAGUAACAGCAGCAGCAGCACUGAGCUACAAAGCAACAAUUCCUUCUUUGAGAACAACAGUUACUCAUGGGGAUUGACCGACUGUAGUACAUCAGAGAAAGAGGCUCCAAAUCCAAUCCAUUUAAUGGAAACCCAAGCAGAUGAAAUUAAGUGGCCAGAGUAUCUCAAUAACCCAUUGUUAAUGGCGGCUGCUUUGCAAAAUCAAACCCCACAGUCCUUCUGCAAUAUCGAGAUAAAAUCAGAAACAGAUUUCUUCACUAAUACUUCAUCAAACACCGUGUGGUCUCUUAACCAACAGCAGCAGCAGCAGCAGCAACAACAAGCAGCUUUACAAAAUUCCGAUAUGUGUGCGAAGGACAUCCAAAGACUUACAGCAGCUUAUGGACAUAUUUAGCUUAAUUUGCUUUGCAUUUAUGAAAGGACCCCUCUUCUUAGAAGUAAAAGAAGGGUGACUUUCCUUCAAAAAAAAAAAUAAAAGAGAUUUUUAAAAAAAUGGCAUUCUCAAUAUCAGGUGUGUACAACAGAUUUCUCUCCCUUCUUUUUCAUAUAUUUUAACUCAUUCUCGUGUAUAUAGGGGCUGAAUCUGAUACAAAAAUUUAUCCACUUUUGCUUUUGGACUAUUUUGUGAGCAAAACGAUUUUGUUAGCCCUUUUUCUCUCUUUUGAGUGUGGGGUAGAACUGCUGAAUAAAGCUUGUUUUAGUGUCUUUUUA